AUGGCUUCAUCACUUUCUUCAGCAGUGGCAGGAGUUCUGUUACUUCUCUCCCUCUCAUCAGCACAAAGGGGAGACUCCUCUGACUUGACAUGCAUCUCAAAUGAUGGCUUUGGAAAGUAUUGUCCCACUACAUGUGGAGUGGCAGAUUACCUGCUGAAUUAUAUGCCAGGUGUGAACCAGGACAUAGAUGAUAUGUUAUACGAACUGGAGAGAAUUACCAAUUUGACCGAGGGGGCUGUGGAAAAGGUGGACUACAUGAAAGACUCGGCUGCAUCAGCCCAAAAGAGCUCCCAGUCAGAUGCCUACUACAAAAGAUCAUCGAGUAUGCUGGAUGAUGUCCUUCGAUUUGAAAAGACCAUCACUGCACAGGAGCAGCAAAUAUUUGAACUUCAGAGUCAAAUCACAGACAAUGAGAGGAGAAUGGCAGAACUCAAGCAGCUCUCCAUUCAGCUGCAGCAGAAAUGCAGUGAGCCAUGCAAAGACACAGUUGAAAUCCAGCCCACCACAGGCACAGACUGCCAGGAUAUUGCUAACAAAGGUGCCACCAGCAGCGGUCUUUACUAUGUGAAGCCAGCGAAGGCGACAGAGCAGUUCCUGGUCUAUUGUGAGAUUGACAGCUUUGGACGUGGCUUCACAGUCAUACAGAGGAGACGUGACGGCAGCGUAGACUUCCACAAAGACUGGAUCCAGUAUAAGGAGGGCUUCGGCUACCUCUCCCCAGACGACACCACAGAGUUCUGGCUCGGCAAUGAGAAGCUGCAUUUGCUGACCACCCAGUCCACCAUCCCACUUGUGCUGAGGAUAGAGCUCGUCGACUGGGAGGGAAACAAGAAACAUGCCGACUACGCCAUGUUUAGAGUGGGGCCUGAGGUGGACAUGUACCGCCUGACCUAUGCCUACUACUUUGGCGGCGACGCAGGUGACGCUUUUGACGGCUAUGACUUUGGAGAUGACCCCAGCGACAAGUUUUUCACGUCUCACAAUGGCAUGCAGUUCAGCACCCAUGACAAAGACAACGACAAGUAUGAUGGCAACUGUGCGCUCCAGGACGGCUCUGGGUGGUGGAUGAACAGGUGCCACGCAGCCCAUUUGAACGGCAAAUACUACCAAGGCGGGAGAUACACAGAAAAGGACGCAGGCGAAUUCGGCUUUGACAACGGCAUCAUCUGGGUCACAUGGCACAACCGCUGGUACUCGCUGAAGGAGACCACGAUGAAGAUCAUUCCCAUCAACAGGAUCACAGCAGGCGGUGGACAGCAGGCUGGAGUCAAACAGUUUGGAGGACUGGGAGACAGUUAAACAGCAGAGCAGCAUAACAAUAUCUCUCCGUUCCUGCAGUUCAUUUGUGAAUUGCCCCAGGCCUUGUGGUUGGCUAAACGUGUUGUGUUCAGCCUUAAAACUUCUUGUGAUCAAAAAAG